AUGAUCGACAACGCGCUAUAUGGAUUCAUCAGGAUCCCGAAGUCUGAAGAUCACGGGGGUGCUCUAGAUGUGUUUGAGAAUGGGGAAUCGAUGGGACCAGGCAAACCAUCGGUGCUUGGUCGCAGAUCAUAUAUCGAUGACAUCCUGAUCCCCGCCAACAACUGGGAUCAACUGUGUGAUCGAGCCGAAGGUUUACUCAAAGCGUGUGAUGAGUGGAAUUUGUCGAUCAGUGUGGUUAAGCGUUUCUGGGGAAUGCUUAAGGUGGAAUAUCUCGGGCAUAGGGUUUCUCAAAAUGGACUGGAGGCGAACCCGAAAGAUCUGUCUGCAUUGACAGAUCUAGCAUUUCCAGGAUCACUCAGAGCUAAGCAGUCGUUUUUGGGAAGUCUGAACUAUUAUAGCCGGUUUAACAAAGACUACGCGAUCUACGCGUCGGUUCUGUACGAAUUGCGAGAAAUCGACUUUGUUACGAUGAUGAAGGAGGCUACCGAAGCGCGGAUCCAACAAAUACUGGAAGUGGAGAACGUUGAUCAAGAAUCGCAGGAAGAUCAGGGUGUCGACCAGCGAAGGACCUUGGAUCUUGAGGCGCCAGAUCUUACUGAGGUAGAUCCGCGCUGGAUCCAUGCCCAUCGGUCCUUCAGUGUGCUUAAAACCAGGAUCGCUACAAACCCAAUCUUACGGCACUUUGACCCAGAUCGGAGGGCUACAGUUGUGGUGUAUGCUAGCGAUUGGGCCGUUUCGGGAUCACUGAUGCAGGAAUACGACCAGAUCUACUACCCCGUGAUGUUUGCAAGCCGCACUCUGAAAUCCACAGCCCUACAAAGGCGUCUAGGACAGUGGGCUGCUCUGCUGUCGCCCUGGGCAUUUGAGAUCACCAAGUGUGUCAAAGGAAAGGACGAGAUCUUAGGAGCACUGGCGGCCAGUAUUACCCCUAGAUCAGAAGUGGAUAAAGCAUUGAUCUCAAUUGCCCCUAAAAAGAAGCCAAGACGCAAGAUCCAAGCUCCGAUCCCCACUAAUAGACGAGAUGAGGAACUAUACGUUGUCAGUUUCGAUGGAUCGGACCGUGUCAAGAGAGGUGGAGGCGCCUACAGCGCGAUCUUGUGGAAGCUGCCCGAAUGGAGGGUGCUGAAGGCUAGAUCUGGGUACGCCGAGGGCUUGACGGUGAAUGAGGCGGAAUAUCAUGGGUUGUUGCUAUGUUUGGAUCUGUUAGAAGAUCUGGAUACACGACGUCUGGUGAUCUGCGGAGACUCAAACAUGGUGAUCCGACAAGUACGAGGAGAGAUCGAUUGCUCCCUACGAGAAGAAAGCGUGAGAGAGCUGCGGAUCGAGCGGAUCCGACAAGCGCAGGACGAGGAGUCGUGGAUCAUGGGCUUGAAAAAGUAUUUGGUCGGGGAGAUCCGGGAUCUGACACAAGAAGAGGCUAAGAUGUUUGGAUCUAUUGCUAUGAAUUAUGAAGCGGAUCAGUUGGAUCUACUCUUCUAUUGCCCGACAACUAAGGAAACUGCCGCAGAUCGAGAUAAGAUGAUGCGACUGAUGAUACCUGAGACGCUUCAACAGGACAUUUUGCAUCACUAUCACACGAGCAAGGGAAGGCCCCGGAUCCAGGGCGAUCCACCUGGAAACCUUCAGGCGACACACCCAUUCCAGAUCAUCGCCAUGGAUCACAUACUUUCAUUGCCUAGAUCCUUCAACGGCAACACUGAAUUGCUGAUCUUCGUGGAUCUAUUCUCGGGAUAUGUGAUCAGCGCCUCCAGAUCAGCUCAGACAAUCGCGGAGACCUACGAGGAAUGUGUCUUCCGCCGAUUUGGCGCGAGCGAAGUGAUCCGACAUGAUCGGGAGCCAGGCUUUAAGUCGUUCAACAAGACCCUGGGACAACGUCAACGGGCUACGAUGACGUACCGACCCCAAGCUAAUGGAUCUGCAGAACGUAUGGUCCAUACAACUACCCAGGCCCUUAAGAUGUAUGUAGAGGAUCUGGAUCAGCGAGAUUAG